AUGUCGCCAUUGGGCAACGUUCACGACGCCAUCCCAGAGGCUAUGCGCCGCGGCGACUCACUCACGCGCCAAAGGAUGGGGUCGAGUCCUCAGUUAAGCCACAUCUUAAGCGUUGGGAACGGGCGCGUGCUCAGCCUCGCAGCGGACGACAAGCAUGUCUACGCUGGCUGUCAGAGCCGCGACAACGAGAUCACUGUAUUCUCGCGCUCUUCGUUACAGCCACUGUUCAGGCUGCUCGGCCAUGAAGGAAGCGUGCUGGCGCUUCUGAUCGUCAAGGAGAAAGGAUGGCUUGUGGCCUCCAGUAGUGCUGGUGAUGUUCGCAUCUGGUCGACCAAGACUUUCCAACCCCUCUACAUCAUCAACCCUUGCGACAACACGUCUGGGGACAUCUACUCGCUGGCGUGGGACGAUCGAGCUGGCGGAACGCUCUACUUCGGCGCCCAGAACACGUCCAUCGAGUGGGUCAACUUUGGCAAGCCGCUGCCGGGCGAAAGCUCGAACGGAGGAGUGCCCUCGCUCGUGGCCGUGUCCCAGAGCCUGAGUAUCCAGCAGAGCAACGGCGCAUCCACACCGAGCCAGCGGUCUGGGCGGUACAAGCCUCACACGUUCUUCGACACCCCUCCAGCCGACGUACGUAGUGGCACCUCCACUCCGCGAACGCCGAUGGCGCAGCCAGUCUGCGGUAGCAGGUCGACAUACCUGUCCGUCGAGAGGGAGGUUGAGGCGGAGCCAGAGGCUGUGGAGUUUGAAGUUGACUGCGACUCGAUCGUCUUCUCCGCACAUUACGGCUAUGUGUACGCCUUGGAGAUGAUCAGGCGCCUUGACGGGACGUGGUGGCUCGCAAGCGGAAGCGGCGACUCGGACAUCAAAAUCUGGCAUUGCAACCCCGGUGGUGGACUCAGCCUUGUACGCGAGUUCAACGGUUUAACCGGUGCCGUCCUGAGCUUCGCGCACCGUGACUCACUCCUCUACGCUGGCCUACAGGAUGGUGAGAUCGACGUGUGGGAUCUCGAGACGGGAGCUAGGAUCCGCACCAUUGAGGCGCAUGAGUCAGACGUUAUGGCUAUGACCGUCCUAGGGAGCGACGUGUAUACGGGUGCGGCCGACGGGCGCGUGCUCCGCAUCAACGGCGCUUUCGACUGCACGGCAGCCUUCAACGCGCAUGGUGACUCCGUGCUGGCGUGUACCAUUGUGCGAGCGGCGGCUGGGCCAGGAUACGAGCUCAUUACCGCGGGCAACGACUCGUUUGUCAAAAUUUGGACGUCGCUGGGUACCUCACUCAAAUCAAUCCACGACACCGACGUCGAGGUAGACCUCGAGAGCAACGCCGACGUCAUGCUGUACGCGCUGUCCAAGCUCGUGGCAAUUCCGACCGUUUCGGAUGAGAAGCACCGUGAGAGUUGCAGGCAAGGUGCGCAUCUCCUGCACAAGAUCCUCGGACAGCUCGGCGCGCGAUCCGAGAUGCUGUCGGGAGACCCGGGAAAGAACCCGCUUGUACUGGCAACGUUCCAGGGCCGUGACACUGGUAAGCCACGUAAGCGCGUGCUGUUCUACGGCCACUACGACGUUCAGCCAGCCGGCGAGAAGGACUGGGAGAGCGACCCAUGGGAGCUGAACGGCAGGAAUGGCUACCUGUACGGCCGCGGUGUGAGCGACAACAAGGGUCCUGUCCUGGCCGUCGCUUGUGCGGCGGCUGCCUUACAGCAGCGCCGUGAGCUUGACGUAGAUCUCGUCAUGAUCGUCGAGGGUGAGGAGGAGGCAGGCUCCCGCGGAUUCGCCAACUCCGUGCGCAAGCACAAGGAAUCUAUUGGGCACAUCGACGUUGUGCUCUUAGCCAACUCGACCUGGAUCGACGAGGACGACCCGUGUGUCGUCUACGGUAUGCGUGGCGUCGUAUACGCUCAGCUCAUGGUACAAAGCGGCGGUGAGGACGCGCACAACGGUGUCGAGGGUGGCUUAGUGAAAGAGCCAAUGUUCGACCUCGUCCAGCUCCUUUCGAGCUUGGCAGACACCACCGGCGUCAACGUUCCUGGGUUCUACGACAAGGUGCGGCCGAAGACGGAGAUCGAGGCAGAGCUGCUCAGGAACGUCGCACGUGUCUCUGGCCGAGACGCGGACGAGCUCAGGCGCGUAUGGUGCCAGCCGACGUUCUCAAUCGCGAACAUCUCCACAACGUCUGCGCCGAACAAGACUGUCAUCUCGAGGUGCGUCCAGGCGGACAUUGCGAUGCGCAUCGUCCCAGACCAGGACAUCGACGACAUUGUCGAGUGCCUCACCAAGUUCUGCCACUCCAAGUUUGCCGAGUUUAACACACCGAACAAACUAGAGGUGAACGUGACACACGCGGCGGCGUGGUGGCUGGCAAGCUUGGACAACCCCUACUUCCGUGCGCUGGAAGAUGCGAUCAAGGACGUGUGGGGCGUGGCCCCGCUUAAAAUCCGUGAAGGCGGUACAGUGCCUACCAUGAGUUGGCUCGAGCGCGAGUUUGCUGCGCCUUGUGUCCACCUCCCUCUUGGACAGUCAUCGGAUGCGGGACAUCUUGCCAACGAGCGCAUCCGUUUACUCAAUCUGCGGAAUGGAAAGCGUGUCUUUGAGCGGUACCUGACGCGUCUGGCGGCGGUGUGA